UCUGCAGUGUUUGUUCCGCGCGGUUCUUUUUUUGUUUUAUACCUGCGUUUUCGCCUCCACGUCGGCUGCUCUGCGCACGCGAACACACCGCUGCACCAGCGCUGCUCAGAAGCGCGUGCGACAGAGCGACGGUGCGCAGCACGAAGCAUGGCGUGCCGUGUGAGGCGGUGCUAGAACGAAGGAUACCCGUACGAAGGCAAGCAGCGAUAUGACACCGGCAAGCGAGUGGUGGCUCUUCGACACAUGGCACGUGCUGCUCCUGCUUGCCGGCUCGGCGGCGGCAUGCUGCGUCCUCCUGAUCGCCUGGAAGGUGGCGCAGAUGGUCCGCAUUGCGCGGAAGCGCCAACUGCUCGCCAAACACGUCCAGGAAGGGUACGUCUUUCUCGGUGAGACCAACGUGGCUAUGGAGUACAGCUGCCUGGAGAACGACACGCGCCACUACCGGCUCCUGGAGGCUGCGCAAACGUUGUGAAACGGACCGUGUCGCUGCGCGCAUUGACUCACCCAAAUGGCUGUAUCUCGCCGGCGUUGAACGCGCCCAGGCACAUAGGUGGCCGGACACUGUCCAUACAGGCUAACCACAGCAAGAAAGGAAUAGUUGUUCGCCCUUAUGUUGACAGCAGUUUGAACAUGGAAGCAAACAGUAGUUGACAGUGGCGCCUAAUCCAAAGUGUUACUGCGUCAGCCACUGCAGCAGAUGAAAGACGCCUACUAUAACCAUGCGCCCAAAAGAAGCCGCUGCGAUGCUUUUCCUCUUGCAGUUCAUAAACCUUCGGCUGAAGGAACUACGUGACUUACAUUUCGUGGUAUACCAAUGUCUGUUAAGAGUAAACGGAACAUUAUUCUCA